UCUGAAUUAUUGGAAGGUACGUGAAUGCACCACCAAAUGAAGUACACUUUGGAGUAACGGAAAGCCGAGUGUAAGCUGGUGUAAAUACAACUUUGGGAUGGCAGCGUUGACUUGCUUGGCGUAAAGACGGCCAGUAACCAGUCGGUGGGAAACUCUGGCUUCGCCACCGUCAGGCGAGUUGAGCCGCCAUGGGGACGCGGUGGUCUCGCAGCGGCAGCAGCCUGUCGCUCCUCCCGGAGAGGCAGCGCGCGGAGCGGCAGCGAGAGGACAGAGACUCCGAUAAUGAGUCUUUGGAUGGGCUCGGCAGACGGGAGGACAUAGCCCAGUUCCCAUACGUGGAGUUCACCGGCAGGGACAGCAUAACGUGUCCGACCUGCCAAGGCACCGGACGGAUACCCUCAGAUCAAGUGAAUGAACUGGUUGCACUGAUCCCAUACAGUGACCAAAGGCUGCAGCCCCAAAGAACGAAGCUGUACGUGGUCCUGUCGGUGGUGUUGUGCCUCCUGGCAUCCUCGCUCGUGGCCUUCUUCCUCUUCCCUCGCUCUGUGGUUGUGGUGGAUGAUGGGAUACACUCAGUGACUGUGCGCUUCGACCACUCCAAUAUGAAGGUGCUAAUGAACAUGACGAGCACGCUGAACCUCACCAACCCCAACUUCUUCUCGGUGCUGGUGCAGAGUGUGAGCUGUCAGGUCCUCUACAUGAAGACAGUGAUCGGCACUCAGCAGCUGGACAAUGCCACCACCAUCCUGCCGCUCAGCGAGAGUCAGGUCAACUACACUGUCAGCGUGGAGAUCGGAAGCAGCGCACCGUAUGUCUAUGCCUUCUGCACCAUGCCCAGCAUCAAGGUCCACAACAUCGUCGUAUAUAUGCAAACCUCAGUGAAAACCUCAUACAUGGUGCGAACGUCCCAGAACAGCCUCGAGGCCUAUCGCUACAUCGACUGUGGCUCCAACAGCACAUACCACCUGACAGCCAAGCAGCACAGACGCCUCUCCCCGACCCGCUCGCCAGCCACAUCCCACGGCUUCCCUCUGCUGUGAGCCCAGCAGUCCUGGAAAGAGAUGCAUCACUUGUCUGGAGGGAGGAGGUGGGAGAUAUUGGCGCACACUCCAGGAUGGAUUUGCUCUCCCUUGCAGACAAAGCUACCAGCAGCAAAAUACCAAAUGGCGUUUUCUUUCAGGCUCACACAGAAUAGGUAACUUAAAGGAAAACACAAGGUGUGGCAAGUGACUGUUGUAAAAGGCCGCUUUUUUAACUGCACACUGGCUUUCGGCAACAGACGAAGUGUUUUUGUUGUUAGAGAUGGAUCACAGCAGCCACUUUUGGUUUUUUCACUUGCAUUAGCAGUGCUCAUGAUCGCCUGAAUUUAAAAAGGCAGUCUUGCUAUCUCUGACAGAAUGAGUCACAUGUUCUGCUGGUGAAAACAGAGUGCCACAUGGAUUGAGUCAUUGCCAGCCAGCACUCUGUGGCCCCUGGAAGCAGGACAAACGUCAGAAGAAGCUGUUUUCGUGAUCGGCCGACAUUCCCAGCUGACAAAGUGCCACUGAUGGCAUUUUGGCCAUAGCUUUAAGUAACGCUGCAGACCUCUGUGUGCUGCUGCUGCAGCUGCUGUUAGCAUAGCUUGAAUGAUUUUUGGUAUUUAACACUGUAGAAGAGAAGAAGGCGCUGGACUGCUGUUACUAGUUUGGAGUUAAUGCAGCAACAGGAGGGAUCACUGAAUGGCUGUUUUUGCACCUUGAAAGUGGGACAUAAUGUUAAACAUUUCGCCUCUGCUGGGUUAUUUAACUAUUACUGAAGUCAAAUGUCAUUGACACAGUUAACAUAUCAUGGAUGUUUUUAAAUGAAUUGCUAAGUUAUUUCUUGGUGCCUCUAACCACAGCAAGUCUAAGCACUGAUUUUAGAAUUAGGGCUGUGGCACAGUGACAGAGAGGAAUACUUUUCUCAGACUAGACUUUCUCCAAGAUACUAGCUCAUGUGUCAGUGUGAGCUAAUCACUGAUCCAGGAACCCUUUCCAUAGUGUCCCGGUUAAUAGUUCUUGUUCAUUUUCUCUGUGUUUAUCAACUGUCAGACGUCUCUGUGGAGCUUUUCUGGGCCGUAUUAUUAUCGCAGAGUGAGACGGAAACAAAGUGGUGAAGAGCAGUUGUGAUCUGACUUUUUUUUUUUUUUUUUUUAAAGGGACAGUUUGUAAAUUUAUGAGAGAUUUUACCAGGGUUUUUAAAAAAUACAGUAUAUACUGUCAUGCUUGGUUCUAACAAAAUAUUAAAGGGAGUUGUGAAUAA